UCUGCUUUGUUGAGGUCUGAGAAUGAAACUGCGUGUGUGUUUUCGACUCUUUGUGCUCUGUUUUCUCACUAGUGAAACCUUGUCACAAGUAGGCAUCGAUCGAAAUGAUUUAGGAGACCUAUACAAGGCUUUAGCGAAUGCUCUGUCCUUCUGCAACCGCGAAUACCACAAUUUGGAUUCGAACGCCUUAUUUGGGCUGCGUGUGGCACAAGGAUACAUCAACAGAACUCUAGCAGAUAUUGAAAAUGGUAAAAUCAAACUCAAUCAAGAUGUUCAUAGCAACGUGAUAAACCUUCUAAACAAGACGAAUGAAGUUGUGAAAAACAUGCUCCCUCUUCUCCGGAAACACGAUCCUUUGUUUUAUUCAGUACUGGAUUCUCCAUGGACUUAUUACAAACCCUACAAAGUUCUGACACUACAGGAUGUUGGUGAAAGAAAACAUAUCAAAUCUGGUGAUAUAGAAAAAUAUUCUAACUGUGUUGGGGAAAUUGUAGGAAGCAAGGAGAGCUUUAUGGAGCCCUGCACCAUAUCUGAUUAUUGCUGGGGAGCUAUGAAGAUAAAGGGUGCUCCUAGUGAAGUGCUCUAUUAUCAAGCUUUAUUCUUCCUCUUGGGGGAGGCUUCAGGCUGUCAUCACAAGCUGUUAUCACAAGUGAAAUUCUCUGGUGAUGACCUGGAGACCCACCUACAGCACAUCUGCACUGUGGCCUAUUUUAGUAAUGCAUGGACACAGUUUCAAGAUGAAGGGGGUGGUCCAAUGGAUCUUAUGUUGACUUUGAAGUUGAGCUUUAGCUGUGGAUUGUUGGGAUACCAUGAACUCCUCACAGGGGAGGGGUUAGCAAAUCUUAUAGGUUGGCAGCUAAGUAGUGGAUGUUAUGGAGAUUCCAGCAGAAUGGAUGAAGAAAAAAUGAGUGAGACAGACAGAGGAAAAGGAAAGCGUGAGUUGAAGUCAUCCUACCUUGGAAAUGGUUGCUUUAGUGACAUCACUGGAGUUGGCAUAGGACUUUUAUCUCUCUACCUAAGGUGGGUUCUGGACCCUCCACCCCAGAUCCAACCAGUAGAACUCAUAAAGAGUGCCAAAGAAGAUGCCGAAACAGUGUCAGUCUACAUGUAUAUUCUUCUCUUGGUCACUGCAGCUUUUCUCUUUGCUAUCAGAGGAAGAAUUUUGGAAAUGAUUUCUUUCUUUAGAGGAACCAAUAGCUACACUGUAGAGAGGUUACCAAGUUAGAAAAUCAGGGAGGGUUACUAUAAAAUUAUUUCGUCAAAGGUGUUAAAAACACUUAAAGUGCACUUAAACCCAAAAUUUUUUUUCGCGUAAUGAAAUAAGCUUAUUUUUUGGAGUAUUUCUGUGCAAAUUUUAUUUAAU